AUGGCCCCAUUCAACCGUCACCUUCGGGACCUAUGGAUAGCAGAAGACUGCGUGAGCACCGUUGACGACGACAAUGAUGACAACUGGAUGUCUCCCACCGCCAAGGUCAAGCGCAUUACCAUGAUAAAGCGAGAGAUCCUCGCGUGGGAGAAGAUAACCCCAGAGCAGAAUAUUCGUCGAAUUUCGUAG